AUGCUCGUCUCCGAGGCACAAGGAGUCGUCGUUAUUGUAUGCAGAGACCGUUGUCAUGCAAGUGGUGUAUUGGAGGAGAAUGGAUGGAAUUCUUCUGAAUGGCAACCACUCAUUGAAAAUAAAGCAUUAGCAUCAUGGCUUGUUCGACCGUUAACAAAUGCAGAGAGAGCAAAUGCAAUUCCUCUAAGUAGGGAACAAAUUGAACAAAUAGAAGAAGGAUGGACAAAUAAAGAUCAACAAAUACAUACAGAUCUAGAUCUACAGG